AUGGGAACCCUAACGACGUCUACCUCCACGGCGUCCAGCUUUCCGCUAGUGAAAUCGAAGAUUGGCGAUCCCAGCUAUGAGGAGGAAACGCCUGAAGCCCGCGCGAUGACGGAGCGAAGCGGCCGAACGGAUGCCAGCGGACGUUCGGCAGCUCUCGAGCGAGCCUACGUGCAUGACGUGUACGAAAACUGUGAGGAACCGAAUGGCCAGAUCCGGCCCAAAGUGGCCCAGUUCUUGGGCGGUCUUGAACCGGGCUCACUCGUCUGCGACGUCGGUUGUGGCAACGGGCGCUAUCUGUCUGGCUUCAACCCGCUGAUCUACACGAUCGGUGUCGACCGGUGCUUCCGUCUGACGCAGGUCGCUCACGGGAAGGGCGGUGAAGUAGCGAUAUGUGAUAACCUGGAACUGCCAUUCCGUGACGAAUCGUUCGACGCCGUCCUGUCGCUGGCGGUGGUUCACCAUUUUGCCACAACGGAACGACGCGUCGGUGCGAUCCGCGAACUGGCACGAAUCCUGCGGAUCGGUGGCCGCGUCAUCAUCACCGUGUGGGCGCUCGAACAGCGUCACCGACGGUUCGAAUCACAGGACGUGCUGGUACCGUGGCAACCACCACGCACCAAAAAUGGCACCCUCUCGGACGAUGAAGACGACGAUGACUUCCUGCCACCAUACCACGCGUACACGGAGGAGUCGACCAACUCGAGCCGAUCAGCCGGUGAUGGUGACAGCUCCAGUUUGUCCUCGUCAUCACCCGGCGAGACGUGCUACAGCUUCGUGCGCCGUGCGAUACAGAAACUCGCCGGGGGCAAACGCAGUCCUUGGUUCCUGGAGUCGUGGAGCUCGCGGGAAACCAAGCACGACAGCAGCCUCGACUACGAGGACGCGAAGGAUUUGCCCAUCGAGCUCAGGCGCUUGGAGGACUUCGACGACGUACCGGAACCGCCGCUGUCCGCUGGUGUCAAGAGCCGGAGCUUAGGUAGUAUACUAAAUCCACCACCAAAAACCAUAGUUAGAUCACGUUCAAGUGUACCAAGUUUAGGUGCGCAAAUACCUGAAUCGAAAGCGACCCCCGCCGCGGAACCGACGCCAGUGUCCCGCCGACCAAAGCUAGUGAAACAGAAACAGUCACUGUGCGACGAUGUAGACUAUAAGUUUUCCGAGUCUCCCGCGCAGCCGCCCGAAGAGCACGCGUUACGCAGCGAAGCGCGUGUGCAGCUUCUGCGCAAGCAAAGCUCACUCAACGAGGAGCUGAUGGCCGAGAGCCGGCUGCGCGAAAAGGAGCGCAUCCGGAAGCGCAUUCAGAAGCAAAUCUCACUGAACGAGAGCUUCCUGUGCCGGUCGCUCUUCACCAAGCGGCUGCAGGUGAUCAAGGAGGGCUUCGCGACGAAGCUCAAGUCCUCCACGGGCAGUCUCGAGCGAGUCACCAAGAAUGGCUUCGUGAAGAUCAUACAAAACAUCAAGGCCGCCAGUCCGGCCGCGUACCAUGGUGGACCGGGUGGGACCAGUGGUGGCGGUGCCGGUGGUGGUCAUCCACAUCCGUGUCACCAUCAUCACUCGCACCAUCAUUCGCACCAUCAUGCGCAUCAUCAUCCGCAUCAUCACCACGGGCAUGGGCCCCCUGGCGGUCGGUCACCGUACUGCUACGAUCCGAACGAUUGUCCUGCAGGAUGCGCAGGUUGCCCGGCCGGGUGUUGCCCAAUGGCCGGUCCCCAUGGUGAACCUUGUGGGACUGGUCGGUUUGGUAGCUCGUGUGGUCAUCAUCGGUUGUCACGGAAUAACUCAGCCAGUGGCAGUGGCACCAGUAGUACGUGCAGUACCGGUGGUAACGGCUCUAUGGCACUUGGACACGAUAAACUGUUGGCGGCGAUGGGCAACAGCCAGGAUGAGGCGUCUAAGCCGAGGCGUCACUCGCGAGAAAGCGGCUCCGAAAGUUUUCGUUCUACUUUCAUUAAACGGCAACGUUUUGCGGAUUCCUCCAAGGACAGUAGUCUCCAAAGUGAUACCAGCAUCGAGUCGGAGGACAGUUUUGCAUCUGUGAUUUACAUUCCUAAACCAGACCAACAGCAGCAGCAGCAGCAGCAGCAGCAACAACAGCAGCAGCAAGUGCAAACGAACGUUGGCUGUAGUGUGAACGGUGUUAGUAACAAUGGUAGUGGUGCGUGCAGUGGAACUGGUAGCAAUGGAGCUGGACCAACCGCCAGUAUGAAUGACUUCUUCAACACCGGAGCAGCAAUGAGCCGCAUGCCUUCCUCAUCAGUGCCAACGUCUCCUUUGGUGAUGCCUUGUCCGACACCAGCUCACUCGCCGGCACCUCCGCGAACGAAACCCGGCUGUGGGACGGCCACGAUCGAGCAGGUCGCAUCAGACGCACCUUCUGGUGGCAGUUGUAGCAAGUUUACGUUUGAGGACACCGCCGUACUACCGUGGCAGCUCGAGCAGCAGGACACGUUAGCUCGAGAGACCGCUGCUCGGGAAUCCGAUAGCGAUCCAAUGUCUACUGUACCGGCCAGCAGUACGAACACCUGCACCGUCACCAGUACGACCACUUCCAGUACCUGCACCAGCAAACCCGUGCCAUCGGGACCCGCAACGGACAGGAAAAGCUCGAACACCGAAGGCAAGGAUCGGAGCACAGGAUCACCUCAGAAAAGCGCCGGUCCGCAGAAGAUCACAAGGCAGCAGAUCAAAGAACUGCCUCCGAUUCCGAAGUUCCGGCGUAGUGGCAACUAUCCUAUCUUACGUCGGCAAACUUCGGCGGCCGCUGGUGGCAGUACCACGGCUCCCGUGCCCGUGCCAAAGCUCCUGUCGCUGGAGUUGUUCAACCCGGAAACGGACGAUCUGGACAGUGACUCAAGUGAGCCAUCCUCACCGGACUCGAUCGAUAGUGUGAUCAGCGCACUAAGACCUUCACUAUCUCCGUUGCCUGUGGUGGGAUGUCCUGGUGCUGAUCAACCCAAGAGUACGUCUGCUAGCGCUGGACGAAACGGAACAGUCCUGCCAGCUUGCGGAACAUCCGCAAUUCCACCACUCGUAGAGGCAGCCGCCGUAGUGGCACACAAACUAGAGGACGUCGUGGACAUGGUGAUUCCUGAACGCGUAGGAUCUGACGGCAAACCGUUGCGCUUCAACGGUCUACUCGCAGAUCUAGACGAACGUCAGUCACACCAGCACUUGGUCGACUUUGCCGAGAAACUGAGCGCCCAGUUGUUGAAGGAACUCGAGAACGAAAAACACCGGAACGAGAGCUUCGACGAGGACGAUGACGUGUUCGGUGUAGAUAGCAGUAGAACACGCUCGAGUGCCGCGAGUGACUCUCCACCGAUCGUCGAUCCGUACCUGCGGAAGUUGAACGGAGAUUUGCGUGAUCUUAACCAGCUACGGGCGGAACUACGCGAACGGAGGCUUAUGCUGGCGAACCUUUCGAAUGCGGGUGGCUCGUGUGGUGGGCUGAGUGGGCAGUUUAGUGGCAGUACCGAUUCGUUGGGGCUGAGCUAUGGUUCCUCGAUGGCACCGAUCAUACAGGAGGAAACGGACGAUGAUGAGGAGUUUAACGAACUCGAGGAACAGCGGUGCAAUGGCGUUGAAACGUCAAGCGUACCGAAGCUGACAGCCGCAGGUGGAAAAUGUAAGAACCUUGGUGGGAAAGUUGUGGAUGACUUCGUCAUCAUACCGGAGCUUGACGAGGACGAUCCGGAGUUGUGUGCAGACACGACCCUGCUCAUACAGGAAGAGGAUAACUCGGAGGAGCGACCUCUAGCGGUCAGUAGCGGUAGUGGGCACAAGAUCACCGAUCAUCUGCGGCCCAUCCCUGCUCCCAGCAAGAUAGUUGGCUUUAACGGAAUGAAACCGCUAGCACGCACUACCGCAGACUACCGACAUGGUAGCAGCAGUAGCAGCAACAGCAGCAAUGGCGAAAAAUGCCACCGAACGAGCAGUGUGUCUCUCGGAACGUCUACCGCUCCAGCAACACUGACGACGGCACCUGCAAAGACGGUGACGAUGCAGGCACCAGGCACCAGCACCGGGGGACCAUACACGGUUCCACCCAGUUCCGGUAUCGCCAGCGAACGGAAGCCACUGUCGGCAACGAAGAAGUCAUCGGUGCCCUCGUUCGAGUCACACGCCAGCGUGGAUUCGUGGGCACACUCGACUUCCACAGCCUCAUUGGACAGCCCGUCGAUUGGUGGUUCUGCGACACAUCACCGGUACUAUCACGUGUUCCGGGAAGGUGAGCUGGAUUCGCUGAUUAACCAUCACGUCACCAGCCUGCACAUCGUGUCGUCGUACUAUGAACGCGCGUCCUGGUGUGUAGUCGCCGAGAAGGUGCACGUGUGGACUAUCUAG